AGAGGAGCGCUAGCCCCGGCACUUCCUCUUCCCUCCGCGGCCUCAGAGAUUUUCUCAAAAUGGUCCGCUACUCUCUCGACCCCGAGAACCCGACCAAAUCAUGCAAGUCGAGGGGCUCCAACCUCCGGGUUCACUUCAAGAACACCCGUGAGACGGCCCAGGCCAUCAAGGGCAUGCACAUCCGCAAGGCCAACAAGUACCUGAGGGACGUGGUCGUCAAGCACCAGUGUGUCCCCUUCCGUCGCUACAACGGCGGCGUGGGCAGGUGUGCCCAGGCCAAACAGUUCGGCUGGACUCAGGGUCGCUGGCCCAAGAAGAGCGCCGAGUUCCUCCUGCACAUGCUCAAGAACGCUGAGAGCAACGCUGAGCUCAAGGGUCUGGACGUGGACUCCCUGGUCAUCGAGCACAUCCAGGUCAACAAGGCUCCCAAGAUGAGGAGGCGCACCUACCGCGCCCACGGCCGCAUCAACCCCUACAUGAGCUCCCCCUGCCACAUCGAGAUGAUCCUGACCGAGAAGGAGCAGAUCGUCCCCAAGCCGGAGGAGGAGGUGGCUCAGAAGAAGAAGGUUUCACAGAAGAAGCUGAAGAAGCAGAAGCUGAUGGCGCGGGAGUAAAGAUAUUAAUAAACAGAACUUGUUGUCA